GGGGGACCUGGGUUCGGGGCUCCGGCGCGCGCCCCCCGCCCGGGCCCGGAGCAUCUCCCGUCCCACGCUGGGGCCGGGUCAGGGCAGCAGCGAAGCACGGCCCGGACGGGGACACCUCGAGGUUUGCUCGAGAAUGAUUGUUUUUAGGGGUGGCGCUUAUUAGCCACCGUUUGCCCUCAUUUAAAGCCUACGGGGGUUUUCUGCCCCGAAGAGACACUCUGACUGCCGCUGAGUUCUUUAUGCCCAUAUUUGUGUGUCUUUGCGUUUUUAAUGCUUGUUGUCAGGGGUGAUAAAUGGCCGCAGUCAUGGGGAGCCCCUGAAGCACCUGCUGGGCCGACGGUCGUGGAGGCUGGCUGGGGGUGGGACGGGAGAAAUGAAACAGAGAUCCUGUUUGGGCAUUCUGCUGAAGUUAUGUUUCUGUUCAGGUAUACCAGUUCUAGAACAAGUUGGUAAAUCCACUUCUAGGACUUGGUGAUAGAAGAGGUUUGAGUGGCGAAGAGACCCGGGGUGACCUGGUUUGGCUAAGAAUGUCUGGGGUAGCCGAGUGUCUCUUACCGUUUCCCCUUGGCAUGUUCAUUUUCUUGCUGUGACAAAUGCCCAAGUACAUGACUGAUGGCAGGAUAGGAAAGAAGCUGGGCGACAGCGUUUAGCACAGGCCUGAGCCCAAGACUGAGAUGUUUUCAGAUGAACAAAUGUGUAGCUAGGAAAAGGAAAAAUGUUUUUGUCUGCAGGUUUGGUAGGUUGAGAGAACUUGCUCUUUGAGAACUAUCAGUCCAUUCUCCUACUUCGUUUUGUGUAAUGCGAUAGAUACUAAGGAUUCAGUGGUCAGGACAGCCAUAGAUGCCACUCCUAAGGUUUGUGUGAUUUGAAUUUCCACAAGUCACAUUUUAACCAAAGCAUUGCCACGAAAGGAAUCCUAGGGUGAGUCCUUCUAUAAUGUGUCUUGGAUUUUGAUAUUUGGAGUCUGUUUAAAACAGAAUAUGCGUGUUUACUGGGAUUCGGCUUUACCGUGGAGAUAAUCCUGAGUCAUGCUUUAGAGAGAAGUUCCUUCUGUGAUCGAGAGCUCAGAUGUCUGGUGGUCUCUGUAACAGCUGAGUGCUCCUCUUUACCUGUACUUCUCCUUCUGGAGCUCUGGGGAAAGGAGGAUCUGGGGAGACUGGAAACAAAUUAAGAAGGCUUCUCUUGCAUAUAUGCUCUGUCUCCAUGCCAGUGCUCUAAAUUACUUGUGUUCACACUCUCAAGUUUCUCAGUUUACCACAGAAAUUUUGUUUAUGCUCCUGCCACUAGUAUUUUCACAUUUGUUUAAUACUUGCCAGUUUACAAAUGGUUUUUUCUGCAUGAUCUCGCUUAUUUUCUCCUUUUCUGCCAACAAGAAGCUGGCCAUAAAGAAUGAUGUACUCAGGGUCUCAUAAUUACUAACAGAGCAGAAUUGGGAUACAGAUCCUCAGCAGUAACCAGUUCUCUUUCCUCUGCACUGGCCUGCAUGUGACUCAGAACCCAAGUCCUGAUCUGUUACCCUUUGGGUUAGCUGUUGCCUUGGUGUUGUGCCUGUGGUAUCAUUACUUUGGGGAAGGCAGUAUUAACCUGUGUUAUCUUGUAGAAACUGAGGGUUAGAGGAAUUUUAUGAUUUUGUGACUAUUUGUGACAGCUCUUUAGUAUUAAGGUCACUUUUCAACCUAAAGUACCUUUCUUCUAGACCACAUGGAGAGAGGAGAGAGGAAAAAAAAAUUAGUUUUAGGAAAAAACAAUCCAUUUCUGCGGUGGUAUGGUUCAGGGUAACCUAACACCAUAAUCACAUUCUCCUUGUGCACCUGGCCACUUGUGCCAGCCUGUAUGUGACUGUUAACCCGAAGACUCCUUUAGAUGUCGCUGAACUAGUUACUAUAAAAAGUAUUUCACUUUCAAACUCCCACAUUUCAAGAACAGAGAAAUUCAGUACAAAGGUAAUUUUGAAGGUAUGUAUAGAUGGAAUUUAUUGUGUCGUCUUUUCUGAAUGCCAGAUACAAAGAUUUCAGUAGAAAGGACUUUUUAAAAGGGCUACCUGGAAACUUUGGGAAGGCAGUAAUUACAGGUUUUUAUUAUUUAUUCAAGUUUGGAGGUGUGGAUUGCAAUGUAUAGGUUGCUAUGUAGGAGUAGGACUUUUGUCCUGGAGAAUUCUUAGUCUUAGUCUGUAGCAGAAAACAUAAAUAUUCUGGGUUUAUCGUAAGUUAGUUUGUCAUAACCAGAAAGCCUUUAAUUGCAGUUCUGCAGUGGUGAGGAAUAUGGCUUUCAGGGGUUCUUAGGUUACUCAUUAAGUUAUUAACUUGUUGAAUUGUGCAUUUUUUAGGUUUGCUACUUUAGAAAAUUCUUAGCAAUUUCUGUUAAGGCUUUUAUAAAUUCUCUAGUGUGUGUUUUCCUUAACUUAAUUGUCUGCUAACAUUACACUGUCAGAAUUUAUACAUUAGUCAUAGUUAACCUUUCAAGCUUAAAUGUGGGUGAAUUUUCAGUAUUGCUUUAUGUUCUUUGGGAACGGUCGGCCAGUUGUUUCCACAAGAAUUUUAUUUGCGCCAGAGGUCAGAUCUUUUCAGGUGAACUGAUUUUACAGGUCAGAAGCCUUUCUUUGAACUUUAUAAUUGUUUGUGCUUGGUUGCAUUCACUGUUUGAAAUGAUAUUUAGUAAGGAAAGUCACUUUUGAGGAAAAUUUUUUUCAUCAUUACCCUCAUACUCUCCAUUCCUGGCAAAUUUUCUGAAAUAUUAGAUUUUCCUUUGUCUUCAUCAAGUAAAACAGGCCCAUUUGAUGCCCAUUUCAAUAUCUUCCUUCUGCUGCCUCUCUUGUGGUCAUUUAACUUCUCAUUAAGCCCUCCACUGGAGACUGUGCCAGAAGGGGGAGAGGAUGAAAAGCAAAUGAAUCAUUUUUUAAUUGUUAGCAGCUCUGGAAAAUGAUUUAGUAGAAGAGAUUGCAGCUAUUCUGGAAAUUCUUUUGGAUUAUGUUUUAUUUCAUUCAUCUACAUUGUCUCUGAGAUAUUGCUAAUAGUCAUCAAUUCAGAGGCUGAUUAUCCAGCCUCCGGAUGACCAGGAAUCUUUCUGCUUUUUUUUCGUUUCUUGCUGUAUCUAAGCAUCUCCACAGAGGAUGUUUAGAAGUAAGAAAUAGAGGUAAAACUUAAACUAAUCAAUACAGUUUUUUCCUUUGGAGUUCUUUAGUGAACAAUUUGAUUUUUUGGGACAGUUUAGUCAUUGUUAUUGGAAGUGACUAAUAGUAACUUCGUUUUAUUUUGAUGGAUCUUAUACACGAGUGUAGGAAGGCUUUUGGGUGCUUUUUAAGAAACAUGGGCUUAUAUAGAUUCCUAUAAUUGCUUUCCUGAAUUAUUAAGCUUAAAGGUUUCAUUACAUCUUUGUACUGGAACAGGACCUUGGCUUUUGUUGUGGACAGAUUCAGGAGCAUCAUCUAAUUUUCGUUUUAUGAUUGCUCAAGAAGUUAUCUUGUUUUGAUUUAGCGGUAAAAAAGAAAAGGAAGGAUUAAUAGUGGAUAGACCUUGCAUAACAGCUGCAAUAUUGACGAUGUCUGGUUUUUUCCUUGUCUUUGGUCUCCCAUUUCUCAUUUAACCUUUUGGAUAUUCGUGGAUUGGAGUUCUUUACUUCACUUAAGACAGAGGACCGCAGCCUUCAAUAGUGCUAGUGAGUAGGUUCUUGCUAUUUUGCCUCAGGGGAAUUUUUAAAAACUCAUUAUGACCCUUCACUUAGACUGAGUUACUGUUAAAUUUGUAAAUAAAUCCCUACUAGGUGGAUAGGGUUAAUAGAUGGCUGUAGGAGGUUUAAGGUUAAUCCUUUCAGUUUCUUGUUUCUCAGAUUCUGUCGAUUUCCACCUAAGGAGGGGAUUUAGGGAAACAUCUAGACUAGGAGUCAGAAAACCCAAGUUCUUAUUGUUAUUUUUCAGCUGUGGGGCCUUGAGUAAGUCACUUAAUCUGCUGUUUCUCUAUUUUGCAUCUCUAAAAUGGGGACAGUAAUUCACGCUCUGCUUACGUAUCAGGAAUGUUGUGGGGAAAAAAGGCCCCCCCCUUUUUACUUAAAUUGUUUCUUGGUUCUAGAAUCUCUUCUCAGGUUGUCCAAAUAUUCCUGCAGAGUUCUACUGAGCGAGCUCUUCUCGGAAGUCCUCCCAUUUUCCCAUUUGGAAUUGUUGUUGCUCUUUUUUCCUGCAGGCCUCUGCCAGUCGAUCUAUUAUAUAGUGCUGUAGAAUUCUGUUCUGUACUUCAGUUAUUACAUGUUGCCUUUCUUCAUAGAGUGAAUGCUCCAUGAGAGCAAGGAUUGUACAUAUCCUGUUUCUGUGUAUCCACCUUGUGCAUGGGCUUUUCUCCCCCCCGCCCCCCAGUUGACCUACAAUAAAUGUUUUGGUUGACUGAAUUAUUUUUGAGGCUGUCAAGAAUGAAUACUUUGGUUGAUGGGAAGAUGCCAAAGAUGAGCAUCUUUCCAGAACUUUUGGAUGACUGGCCUUUUAAAUCUCUCAGUUACUGAGCUGCCUGUUGUAUCAGUAACUGAAUCAGAUGCUUCUAAUAAACAAAUUGGUAAAGCCUGUUUCUUGGUUCUGUUUACUUCAAAUACUGUUUGUGAAGCAAGUCGGGAAUGAAAGGUUGUCACAACAGCCCUGAAUUUGACAUUUGUUCCAUUUCUCACCCUGUUGCAUGUGGAGGCCUAUCUAUAUCUAGCUGCUGAGUGUGGAGAAUAAAAACUGACUGCACGUUGUCUGGUCCACAUUUUAGCUUGUUUGCUUUGAAGAAUUUGCAAGGUGGAGAAAUAGAUGCUUCAGGCUCUGAUUUCAGCCCCUGCUGUGCUAUGCAAAUGUUCUCUACAUGCCUGAGUGACCUUUUGAGAAAGAGCCUUUGUGAUCUUCUGUAGCCAGAGGCCUGUUCUGGGAAUAGUGCGCCAGAUUCCUCCAAAAGUGGGAAAAGUGAGUCUGUUCAAAGACCACAUAAAAAAGCCUAUGCUUUUCCUGGGUAAAUACCGAUAAAUCCAUGUUUCUUACUGUCUCUUGCCAGAGCUUUUGAAAUUUGCUCUGCAGUUUGCUUUGCCGGUUGAUUUGGGGAAUGAUGUGUGUGAGAGGGAACUAACUAAAGCUGUUGAGUAGCUGGGAAACUGUUUAAGUGCUUUUGAAUUGUAGAUAAAAAUAAAUUCAAACUGGCAUCAUUAGUAUCUGGGUAUUUAUCAGUGUCUUCAGAAUGGCUCCCCGGCUCUCCAAAAGUGCUGGCCAAGUGACUCUCAUACAGAUUUGUAAGGUUCUUUUUGCCCCAAGUUGUGCUCUAAUGGUUUGGCAUUUAAACUGUUUUCUAUUUGUUUUCAUUAUUGUACAAAGUGAAAUAUAUCAUUAUUAAAAGUAUAAUUAGUUUUUUUAUGUUGUAAAAAAUACUAUUCUGAUGUAUUUCUCUUGGAAAGCGAUACUGGUGUCUUGGAGGUUUAUGGUUUUUCAUGCUUUUACUGAGAUGUUUAGUUUGAGGUGAAAUGCUAUGAAAAAAAGUCUUGCUCUUUUUCUCUUAAAUGACCUGGAUAAGGAUCCUUUGAUAAGGAUCAUCAGAGGUGUGUACCAGCAUAAGGUUGUAGAGUUAAUCAUAAUGUUUUCCUAUAGAAAUUCUAAAAACUGAAUUUUCAGAGACAACAGAAUUUGAAUGACUGGUUUACUUAACAGGCUCUUCCUCCUCCUCUAAGUAGAGGAUGAUUCUCUGUGAAGAUUGUCAGUCUCUUAGGUGCACCUGUGGUAAGUAUAGAGGCCCCAUUGAAGGCCCUGGGGGAAUGCUUUCUUCCCUAGAUCUUUGCCAUGUAGCAGGUUUUAGUUGAGCAAAGCUGAGUAGUUUUCCAGUGUUUGGGUUGCUCCGUUGGGUGGAAAAACCUUUCUUCUCUAUUUUCAUAGUUACAUGCGCUAUCACAUGUUUUUUUCUCCUCCCCAGUCUCCCUGGAACCUGGGCUCCCGGAGACGCAGCGCUGGAGCAGAUGGAUAAUGGAGACUGGGGCUAUAUGAUGACUGAUCCAGUCACGUUAAAUGUAGGUGGACACUUGUACACAACGUCUCUCACCACGUUGACGCGAUACCCGGAUUCCAUGCUUGGAGCCAUGUUUGGGGGGGACUUCCCCACAGCUCGAGACCCUCAAGGCAAUUACUUCAUUGAUCGAGAUGGACCACUUUUCCGAUAUGUCCUCAACUUCUUAAGAACUUCAGAGUUGACCUUACCCCUGGAUUUUAAGGAAUUUGAUCUGCUUCGGAAAGAAGCAGAUUUUUAUCAGAUUGAGCCCUUGAUUCAGUGUCUCAAUGACCCUAAGCCUUUGUAUCCUAUGGAUACUUUUGAAGAAGUUGUGGAGUUAUCUAGUACUCGGAAGCUUUCUAAGUACUCCAAUCCAGUAGCUGUCAUCAUAACCCAACUAACCAUCACCACCAAGGUCCAUUCCUUACUAGAAGGUAUCUCAAACUAUUUUACGAAGUGGAAUAAGCACAUGAUGGAUACCAGAGAUUGCCAGGUUUCCUUUACUUUUGGACCCUGUGAUUAUCACCAGGAAGUCUCUCUCCGGGUCCAUCUGAUGGAGUACAUUACAAAACAAGGUUUCACGAUCCGCAACACCCGGGUGCAUCACAUGAGUGAGCGGGCCAAUGAGAACACGGUGGAGCACAACUGGACUUUCUGUAGGCUGGCUCGGAAGACGGAUGACUGAUCUCCAGCCCCCCUAGAAGUUCCUGGAAACUGACUCUCCAGGAGGUGGAAGAGGCUGAUUAUUUUUAAAUCACAGUGUGGGAUUUUUUUUUUUUAAUAUUUGUAUUUAUUUGAAGGCAUUGAGGACCAGAAGGAAGUUUUGUGCUUUAGCAGACUCCUGUGUUUUGUUCCUUUCACCCUGAGUAUGCAUGUGCCUGUUCAGAGCCUCCAGAUACCUUUUUUAUAAAAAGAAGUCAGAAAAUCAUUAUGGUAUAUAAUCUACCCUUAACAGAGCUUUUUUAUUACAGUGCUAAAACGAUUUCUGAUUAAAUGGUCCCUAACUCAACUAGAAGGCUAAAAAUGCGGGAAUGAAAGAAUAAACAGAGUACUCAUGAUGCCUUUGAGAAAAAUCAGAACAUCAUGUAGGGCGACCUAGUUUCCAAACCAAUAAGCAGUAUUGUAAUAUUAAAGGAAAACUGUUCCAAUCAUUUAAAAGUACUUGUUAAGUACUGCUUUUUACAGUUAUGACAACUGUUUCUUUCUAUGCAUAUAAAUCAAGCAACCAAAUAUCUGUAGCCAUGGAAAUGUCUGACUAGAAAUAUUUAUUGGAUUCUGAAUGCAAAAUGUCCCUGUGGUAGAAAUCUUACUUCUUAUGCCUGGUGCAGUAUAAUUCCCAAGUGUACUGUCUACCAGAAAAAAACUAAUAAAAAAAUGAAAUAUGAAAAUUAGGUUUGUAUUUAUUGAUUAUUAUUACUUAAGGGGGAAAAUCAUAUUCCUUGUCUAAAGUAUGCAUUUUUUGUUUUAUGUCCCAAUAUAUAUGCCUAUAGCACACUUGUAUUUAAUUCAAGAGGACUCAGUGGAAGCUUAGGGUGCAGUUUAUAGAACUCGACUGUGUCAUUGAAGCAGAGAUAGGUGGUAUUAUUAAUUUUGUCUAAAAGAGUGCAUAUUUAAACAGUGAACAUACAGUCUGACAAAUUUUUUCAAAUAGGACUUAUGUUGAAGUUUAUAGAUUUUUCUUCAAUAAGCCACUAAUUGUCGUAUCUCUGAAUAUGACCCUUAUUUUUUUUGUGUUGAGAAUAGGGACAAACUGACUCUUUAGCCACUUUAUUCUCGUAUAUUAUGGUGACUCACAAGUGUAUUUUAUUAUUAUGGUUAAGUUUAUCUCUGAGGAGAAGAAAUAAACUGCAGUCAGUGAAGGAUCUGGAACAGUUGGAGAUAUGUAUGUACUUUUAUUUAUUUUGCCAUAGUCUUACUUUGCAUAGUUCAUUUGAUUCCAUUUCUUGGAAGUUACUCACAGGAGGGAUUAUGUUAACUAUAGCGAGACUUCCUAGUUUGCUAGAACACCUUAUGAAAGGAAGGUAAUUUCCUCCUGGUGUUCCAGGGGAGGAG